ACUUUAACCUCUUCCAAAGGAAGCCUUUCUUCUCUUCUCAUCGCUUACGGCGGAGCUAUAAUUUGUACAUUCAAGGAAUAAAAAGUUAAUUUAAUCCCUCUCAAAAAUAUCUGUUAAAUUAGCAGUAGGCUUGGCAUCAACGGUCCUAUUGAUCGCCGCCCAAAAUCCCAACCCCAACAGCCAUGGAUUUCACUGUCAAUCGUCGCCACAACCACCACUCUACCAACUCCCCUUCGUCCUCUUCCACCUCUUCUUCCACUCUCCACCCUACCACCACCGCCACCACCACCACCACCACCUCCGAUCACGACCCUAUGCACUCUUGGUGGGAAUCUGUCUCCAAAGCCAGGUCUCGAAUUCUCGCCUUAGCAUCCAUUAUCUCUUCUCCCUCUUCCUCUUCCUCCUCUUCUUUCUCUCUCUCCUCCCUCGCCGACUCCGACAGUCCUGCUCUCUCUCUUCUCUCUUCUCCAGAUGCCUACUCACUCAUCUCCUCCGCCCUAUCAGCUCCUUCCUCCGGUUCCGGCUCUGAUCCCCUGUGCCAAUGGCUUUACGACACGUAUCUCUCGUCCGAUUCCCACCUUCGUCUCAUCGUCCUCUCUUUCGUCCCUCUCCUCUCUGCUAUUUAUCUCUAUCGUAUUCAUUCCCACAAAACCUUUUCUAUUCCUUCUCUCUCUGGAUUUGAAGCUGUAAUUCUAGCGAUUUAUAGCUCUGAAGUUAAGUCACGUGCCGGAAAAGCCUUGCUCGUGCAAAUCCCGGACUUAUCUCAACCCUCACUCUACAACACUCCUCGUAACAAGCCGACUAAGUCAGCUAAUGAGAACAAAUCUAGGCCGUCCGUUGGAGUAUUGUCGGCACCUUUGGAGCCGCAGAUUGCGGUGAAGUCAACGAAGCGUGCUUGUAUUCUUGGAACCGCUUUUGAUUCUUACUAUAAGAACAUCUCGCAGAUGCCGAGUUGGUCUAAGCUUGAAUUUUGUAAAGUCGCGGCGGCGUGGGCUGGGCAAGAUUGUGAUUGUCAAUAUAAGUUGGAUUUUGAGGGUGAAAAUGUAAAUGGCCAUGCCCAUGACAUUGAUGAUUUGGUUGUUGAAGGUUUGGAGAAAUUGGGAAUUGAAGAGAACCGGGGUGCAAAUGUAAAUGUUGAAUUGAAGGGAUUGAGGAUUCCUUUACCAUGGGAAUUUUUGCAGCCUGUUUUGAGGAUAUUGGGGCAUUGUUUGUUGGGGCCAAUGAAUUCUCAAGAUGUUAAGGACUCGGCUUCAGUUGCCAUUCGGAGAUUGUAUGCUAGGGCUUCUCAUGAUUUGGUCCCUCAGGCAAUUAUAGGGACUAGGAGUUUGAUUCGGCUUGAUAUUAGGGAGCGAGCUGCUGCAGCUGCAAAGGCCUCUGCUGCUGCCACCGCCAGCCAGGCUAAUUCAUCUUCCAAUGUCAAUACACCUAGCAAGGCGAAGAAACCUGAAAUUCUUUUGGUUUCUAAGUGAUUCAACUUUGUAGGUUUUGCUUUCAUGAUGCAAGUGAAUCGUGGAUAGUAUCUAACAAUGAUUUGGGCAAACAAACAUCGAUGAUUGCGUGAUUUCUGGAGAUUUAAACAUUUUCUUCGAACAAGGUGUUUAUCAGAAAUUGAUCCAAAUUGCUUAUUUUCAAUGUGCCUGCAAAGAUAGCUCCGGUUGAAGAUGAAUAUCAAAUAUGUGAACGUAGGACUAGUUGUUUUCUAUCAUGGUCAAUGUUUAAACAUGAUGUAAUUAAGUUUCUUGGUGUGCAUUAGAUAGCUUUGAGUUGGAUUUUAGAAUGACUAGAAGUUGGACUCGAGUAAAAUGGAAGUUGUUUUCAUGAA